GCUGCGAUUCUCUCUCUCUGACCAAACCCAUCUUCAAAGGUUUUCUCUUUCUUUCACUUUUUCUCGUUCCCUAAAUUUUCAUCAAAAAGUUUCAGCGAUCUCCAAGUUCCCGAGGUUGGCAACUCAAUUCUAAACGCAAGAGCAAGACAAAAAACGCAAUUUUGGUUGUUUGUGUUUUAUAAAGUUUGACAAUUUUAUCAGUUUUGAAGAAAUGGGGUAUGAGCCUGAUCCUGAUGCUCUUCGCUGGGGUCUUCAUGAUCUGGAGGUUUGUACACUUACAAAUGCUGGUUCUUGCUCUAGUGUAACAAGGUAUGAGUCAGGUGGUGGUGGUACUCAAGGCUAUGUUAGAGAAGGUUAUAAUCAGCCUUUGACUGGUUAUGUAGACAAUGAUGCGGCAAUUGCUCAGUUUUAUCAAGACGAAUUGUCUAGAGUUGCUCGAGCCGAAGCAUCUGGGCUCAAUAAUCUUAGUCCUACUUCAGUUGUUGCACAAGAGUGGCCUCAUCCUCAUCGAGGGCAGGAAAAUCAAGGGGAAGCCAUUGAUAUAUCCCGGGAAAGUGAUAUUCUUCAUAAUCAUAACGGUAACAUGGAAGAUAAGAAUGUUGCAAGGAUAAGAUUUCAAGGAGGGCAAAGUUCCCCAUCUCGUGAUGAUGACUCAGUUUGUUCUGUAGAAAUAGAAGAAGAAUCUUGGUCAGAGGUUGGGAAGCGACUGAAUCAAAUGAUACCUAUUGCUCACGUGCCAAAAAUCAAUGGGGAAUUACCGUCAGAGGAUGAACAGAUAUCUGAUCAUGAACGGCUAUUUCAGAGGUUACAGCUUUAUGGCUUGGUGGAGAACAAGAUUGAAGGAGAUGGAAACUGCCAGUUUCGGUCACUAUCAGACCAGCUUUACCGCUCUCCAGAACACCAUAACUUUGUCAGAGAACAAGUUGUUAAUCAGCUUGCAUAUAAUCGAGAGAUGUAUGAAGGUUAUGUUCCAAUGGCGUACAAUGACUAUCUUAAAGCAAUGAAACGGAAUGGAGAAUGGGGUGAUCACGUUACUCUUCAGGCUGCUGCGGAUUGGUUUGGUGUUCGGAUGUUUGUGAUAACGUCAUUCAAGGAUACAUGUUACAUUGAGAUCUUACCGCAUUUUCAGAAGUCUAAUCGCCUUAUAUGUUUAAGCUUCUGGGCUGAGGUUCAUUACAAUUCAAUCUAUCCUGAAGGAGAGCUGCCCAUACCGGAAGGCAAGAAGAAGAAGAAAUAUUGGGUUUUCUGAGCUUUCUUUCUUCUGAUGGAAGCACAAAGUUAGUGAAGUCUGCUUAUCAAUAUGUUUAUUCUUUUUUCUAACUUAGAAUAUUUAGUUUUAGAGAGCAUUAUGCUCUUGUAUAUACUGAACAUAAUCCCAUUAGCCAUAGUCUGCUCAUUCUUUUCAAUAAAAGUUGUAUUGAUCU